AUUUCCAUCCUUCUUCUCUUCACUCUGGUCACACACCCCGACCUCGUUUGAACUGCCGUUGCCGUCUCAUCUCAUCCCAUCUCGUCCUCUGAACCACCCGCUGCCGUCUCAUGGCGCCGUAACACUUGUGUGUGUGUUUGUGUGCGAUUGGUCGGUUGUUUUUUUUUGGUCUCGAUCCAUCGUGCGAUGCCAUUUUUCCCUCAGGACGCCGAGCGAUUCGAUGGGCUGUCUCUCCUCUACUGGACUAUCAUGGGCCCGCACGGCAUCAACCGAGCCGUACAGAGGCUGGAGUUCUGCGACUGCAGGAAGGGACUUGGGGUGAAGAUAAUGGGUGGUUACCGAGACCAGACAGGAGAAGAGUUUGGCAUCUACAUCAAGCGGGUGAUAGGCGGUGGCUUGGCAGCUCAGGACGGGCGGCUUAAGCCAGGUGACCUGAUUUUGGAUGUCAAUAACAUCAGUCUGAUAGGGGUGACCAAUGAAAGGGCGGUGGAGAUAAUAAGGACAGCCUCGCUCUCCAAUCACAUGUCCUUGCUGAUCGCCAGAGACGAUGAAUCCAGCCUGAGACAAACACACAGUGACACAAUCAGGCCGCUCUACGGUUCCUGCUCAGGAAAAGAUGUGAAGCCACACAGAGGGAAGCCGACAGACACAGCCUCGUCCUCCUCCUCCUCUAGAUCGGAGAGCCCCCAGCUUCUCAGUCCUAAAGAUGGGGUCACCGCCUACACCCAUGCCUCCCCUUACACAGCGCACACCCCCACGCACGCCUUCAGCGACAGUGUCAUUCAGUUGAUAUGUGUUGCCAAGGGAACAGGCCUGGGGCUCGUCAUCAAGGGCGGAGCUAACCGGCCAGAAGGACCAAUGGUGUUAAUUCAGGAAAUAGUGCCUGGAGGAGACUCGCAGAAGAACUCCAGCACACCACACCUUCAUGUGAAGUGCAACCUGACCAAAGUGCUCAUCAAGAGCCUGAAGACCAAGUCUGCUGCUGAGGUGGCAGACAUCUUUAAUGCCCACAGCUCGGUGAAAGGAUGGACGGUGGAAAAGUGGCAGAAGGUUGAUUUGCAUCCCAAUUGCCGCAAAUACUGCAGAAGACCUGCCGGAACCCGCAUGGACCCAAGAUUCACCCAGAAAACAGUCAAGUUUGGUGGAGGAGAAAUCAUGGUUUGGGGUUACAUCCAGUAUGGGGGUGUGCGAGAGAUCUGCAGAGUGGGUGGCAACAUCAACAGCCUGAAGUAUCAACAACUUCUUGCUGCCCAUUACAUUCCAAACCACAAGAAAGGGCAAAUUCUUCAGCAGGAUGGCGCUCCUUGUCAUACUUCAGCCUCCACAUCAAAGUUCCUGAAAGCGAAGAAGGUCAAGGACGGCAGGCUGCAGGUCGGGGACCAGUUGGUGUCCAUUAACAAAGAGUCCCUGAUCGGAGUGACGUAUGAGGAAGCCAGGAGCAUCCUGACUCGCACCAAACUCAGACCGGACCCCACGGUGGAAAUUGCCUUCAUCAGAAGGGGGUCAUCCUCCAGCUCCAGCAGCGGGCCUCACAGCCCCAUCUCCUUGCCGAUGUCCGGUUGUGGAGGUGGAGGUGGACCCCACACCAGGGCCCCGGCUCUGGGCGCCGUGCCUCCACAGCCGGCCGUGGUCACCAAGAUCACCUCCAGCCGAAACCCUGCCUGUGAGACUCUGCCAGCUGUUAAUGUCACCCAGGUGCGAGUGUCUCCAGCCAGAACGGAGCCAACACGUGUCUCCUCUCCGCCAGAGAGCGUCAUCAUCGCUGAAAUAAACCAUGAGCCGGCCAGCAGACAGCAGGAUCCUCACAGGAAAAGUUCCCCCAACACCAGCUGUCGCCUCAAACUGGAGAAACUGGAGCAGGCUCUGGAUCUGCUUGGUCUGAAGCCCACAGACGAUCAGCAGCAGUUGCUCAGGUCCAGACUACGAGCGGAUCCAGCAGGGACCGUGGCCUUCACAGAUUUUGAGAGCCAGAUCAGGGAGCUGUUGAGGCCUCAGCUGGAUGAGUUGGCCCUCGCUCAGCCGGGCUCGAGGUUCACGUCUGAAGAGCUGUCCAGUUUGUUGGAGUCACCCACCAACACACCGGCGUCUCUGUCGGACUCUGAGGAUUUGGAGGAGAUGGAGCGACUGAGGAAGGAACACAUCGAGGCUCUGAGGGAGAUCAAGAGGCUGCAGGAGCAGCUGGUCGAGUCUCAGAGAGUUCACCGCCAGAUGGAGGACGAGCUCGCCAAAGUCCAACAGGUGAGUCCCACCAAGGUCCAACAGGUGAGUCCCACCAAGGUCCAACAGGUGAGUCCCACCAAGGUCCAACAGGAGGUGCAGCAGGGCACGGAGCAGAGCCGGGCCCUGAUUGGUCGGGUCCAGCGGGCCGAGGCCGCCCAGCGCCAGGCCAGAGGGAUGGAGAUGGACUACGAGGAGGUCAUCCACCUGCUGGAGGCCGAGAUCGCCGAGCUCAAGACUCGCCGCCUACAGCCGGCCAAUCAGGAUGAGACGGAGGAUCUGAAGAAGCGAGUCGCUGUCCUCGAGUGCCAGCUACGGAAGAGCGAAGCGGCGAAAAAGGUCUUCGAGAUGUCGACGGGGAAACUGCUCAGUUUUGUGGAGAACGUUCAAGAGUUCCUGCUGGAAAGUCAUGGACCAACAAAGAGUCACAGCUUCGGAGACGUUAAAGUGGGCGCGUCGUCCCAAGGCGUGGCUCCACGCCACAAGAAGAGUUCGUGGACGGCUGCGUCGCUCGGCCAAGAGGCGAAGGAUCUCAUGCGGACCAUCCGAGCCCUCCUGGACGCCGACUUGCUGACCUUCUAGAGGAGCGCCAGUCCGCCACGCAGCGAGGGUCCGAGAUGUCUGCAGGACUUCAACCGACAACCCCAAAACUUUCCCCUCCCCCCUGACAACCCCUGGUCCAAACAAAA